AUGAGACCCAAACCCCCUCUCUUCGAUUUCUUCUCCCCCAUUCCCCACAGACCUCUCCAUGUGGGCAUAGAGUUGUGGGUGUGGGGAAAGAGUUUGGGUAGUUUGGAUGGUUUGGAAGAUGAGGAGGUGAGGUGGGAGGAGAGGAGAGUGCACUUGGAGUGUGAGAAAUUGACAGUGGCUAUGAUUUUGGGAGGUGGGGUUGGCGGGUGA